AUGCCUCAAUCACCGCCGCUGACCGGUCUUCGGGUGCUUGAAUUCGCAGGUCUAGCUCCAGGACCAUUUGCAGGCCUCCUUCUAGCCGACUGGGGCGCCUCUGUCCUGCGCAUCGAUCGCGCAGUCGCAGGAGCACACACCAACAAUCCGCCACCUCCAACCUCAGAUCUUCUCACACGCCACAAGUCAUCCAUUGCAGUAGACAUCAAGUCCAAAGCCGGCAUCUCUCUGAUCCUAUCCUUGAUUCCAAAUGUCGACAUCCUCAUCGAUCCUUUUCGGCCCGGCGUACUGGAGAAAGCAGGUCUCUCGCCCGAAAAAGUGCUCCUCAAACUCAAUCCUAGACUCAUCGUCGCUCGCAUGACUGGUUUCCGCAGAGAUGGCAAGUACGCCUCCAUGGCCGGCCACGAUAUAAACUAUCUCGCAGUCUCUGGCGUGCUUUCCCAACUCGGCAGAAAACACGACACUCCAUAUCCUCCUGCAAAUGUACUCGGUGAUUUUGGAGGUGGGGGUCUAGUCUGCUUUUUGGGUAUCGUGAUGGCGGUGCUGCAGAGGCAGAGUUCGGGUAUGGGUCAGGUUGUUGAGGCUAACAUGGUAGAUGGAGCUGCGUAUUUGGGUGUCAUGCCUAGGUUUGCGCGAAAAACGCCCGUGUGGGAUAGACCUAGGGGUGAGAAUUUGCUGGAUGGUGGAUGUCCUUAUUACGAUACUUAUGAGUGUAGGGAUGGGGGGUUUAUGGCUGUGGGAGCGCUGGAACCGCAGUUCUUUGCUCAGUUGCUCAAGGGGUUGGGCAUCAGAGCUUCGGAUCUCCCUGGCAAGAGGGAAGAUCGCAGCACUUGGCCUGCUCUACGGGACCUCUUCACUGCAACUUUCAAGUCCAAGUCUAGGGCUGAGUGGGAGAAGAUCUUUGAUGACACAGAUGCUUGUUGCACGCCUGUUCUUACUCAAGAUGAGCUGGAGGACAAUGGGUACGACCAGAGACCUAUUGUAACCCUCAAAGACUCUCCUGGCAAGGCUAUUUCAGAGGGAGAUGCAGAUACCAGACCUGUCUGUGAAGGACAAGGCAUUGGUGUCGAGGGAAAUGGUUGGCAGAGUAAAGGUUUAGCGCCGGGUGUUGGUGGAGAGGAAGUUCUGGCUAGAUGGAUGGGUUGGAGGAGAGGAAGGCAGUAUGAUGUCGUUGGUGGAGGCGUCGUGAAACUUGAUACAGGGUCUAAGCUGUAG